CGCUCUCUCUCUCUCUCUAUCUCUCACCCCCUCCCUUUUCUCUUCAAUCCCUAUAUAAAAGUGGUCAAUGAGAGAGAGAGAGAGAGAGAGAGAGAGAGAGAGAGAUAUGGAAGCAUGGAGAGGGAUGUGUUAUGCAAUGGUGAUGAUCUUGGUCAUUGGGAUAGGGGACGGGCAAUUAGCAGAUAAUUUCUACAGCUCGAGUUGUCCGAACGUGGAAAGCAUUGUGAAGCAGACUGUAUCUACAAAGUUUAACCAGACUUUCGUCACCAUUCCGGCCACCCUUCGUCUAUUUUUCCACGACUGCUUCGUUGAGGGAGCUGAUGCCUCAAUUAUGAUAUCAUCACCAAACGGAGAUGCAGAAAAGGAUGCUCCAGAUAAUCUCUCCCUCGCCGGAGAUGGCUUUGACACUGUAAUCAAGGCAAAAGCAGCCGUAGAAGCAGUAUGCCCCGGCAUAGUAUCAUGUGCCGACAUCUUGGCCAUGGCUGCCAGGGAUGUUGUAGUCCUGGCCGGAGGUCCUUCGUUCAAUGUAGAAUUGGGCCGUCUCGACGGACUCAUAUCUAAGGCAUCUAACGUUCCCGGAAACCUGCCAGAGCCCUUUUUCAAUCUCGACCAACUCAAUGCCCUCUUUGCCAAGAACAACCUCACUCAACUUGACAUGAUCGCACUGUCCGGGGCUCACACCCUCGGCUUCUCCCACUGCGGCCGCUUUGCAAAUCGACUCUUCAACUUCUCCACAUCCUCUCAAGCAGACCCGUCUCUGAACACAACCUAUUCCCAGCAGCUGAUGCAAGCGUGUCCUCAGAACGUGGACCCUCGAAUCGCGGUCGACUUAGAUCCUGUGACCCCACAAACUUUCGACAACGUUUAUUACAAGAAUCUGGUUGCAGGGAAGGGGUUGUUGACUUCAGAUGAAGUGCUCUUCACUAACCCAGCAUCUCAGCCCACUGUCAACGAUUUCGCUAAUAAUCCGAAUGACUUUAACGCAGCCUUCGUCACUGCAAUGAGAAAGCUUGGCCGUUGCGGAGUCAAAAGCGGUAGUCAAGGAGAGAUAAGAAAAGACUGCACGGCCUUCAAUUCAUAAGGGAAAGGUUCAUGCAAAACCUCAGGACAUGGAGAGAGCUAGCUAGACAACAUGAAAAAUAAGUCUGGAGUCUAAGAAUCAUCGCCAUUGAAUGUACAGACAGAGACAAUUGGUCAUCUGACGUGGUUCAAUCCACAAUUCGUAGUAUAUAGAGACUCGAGAAAUAAUUUCGUUUCUCCAAGAACGAAAAGAAAAAGGAAGGUGUUAUAUAUGUUGUGUGUAUGAUUGAACUGAUUAUGUCGAUCACCAUUCUAAAA